ACCCUAAAAAAUGGCUGGUGCGGUGGUGCCUCUGCUUCUCACUCACAGGUAUACGCGAAGAUUUGACAUCUAGGGUUUCUUCCCCUUCGCCCACCCAUGGCUCCAGCUAAGGUUGAUAGUUCAAAGAAGAGUGAUCCAAAGGCACAGGCCUUGAAAACUGCUAAAGCAGUUAAGUCAGGAACUACCUUUAAGAAGAAGGCGAAGAAGAUCCGAACAUCUGUUACAUUCCAUCGACCAAAGACUUUGAAAAAGGAUAGGAAUCCUAAAUACCCACGCAUCAGUGCUCCACCAAGGAAUAAGCUUGAUCACUAUCAGAUUCUUAAAUAUCCUCUCACUACCGAGUCCGCAAUGAAGAAGAUUGAAGACAACAACACUUUGGUUUUCAUUGUUGAUUUAAGAGCUGACAAGAAGAAGAUUAAGGAUGCAGUGAAGAAAAUGUACGACAUCCAGGCCAAGAAAGUUAACACCUUGAUUAGGCCUGACGGCACGAAGAAGGCCUACGUUAGGUUGACACCUGAUUAUGACGCCUUGGAUGUGGCAAACAAGAUUGGAAUUAUCUAAAUGUAAUGCCAGGCUUCAUUAGUGUCGAUUUCUAUUUAGAUGUUUGUUUUACUUUUAUGGUGAUCAUUGAGGGAGACUUUUUAAGCAAGGUUAAGUUAUAAAUUUUGCGGUUUGUUAUUUGAUAUAUUUUAAUUCAAUUUGAAUUAAAUUCGCAUGUGUUACAAUUUCCAAUUUGAUGAGUAAAUGGGCCGUUAUC